ACAGUAUGGAGAAGAGCCAGUAUGGACCCCCCCAGGACUUGUCUGCUCCCCCCUACCCAGGCCCCCCGGCGGGCUACCAGGGAAGUGGGGGGGGAACAGCCUACCCCUCUCAGCCUGGCUUCCAGGGAGGUCCCCAACCCGGCAUGUACCCACCACCUCCCCAAUACGGCACGGGCAUGGCACAACCUACAAACGUCCCCAGCGUAACCCAGGUGGUGGUGAUGCAGCAGCCGCUGCCAAGAGACGUACCCGGCCAGAUGAUGUGUCCCCACUGUCAGGUCCCGGUUCUGACAGAGACCACACACGCCACUGGACUGCUCACCUGGGUCAUCUGUGGAUCACUCGGCUUCUUCCUGUGCUGGCCAUGCUGUUUGAUUCCAUUCUGUGUUGACUCCUGUAAGGACGUAGAACACCGCUGCCCCAACUGCAGGAAAUUGAUCCACAUCCACAAACGCAUGUGAACAGACCAAGAUGAGACACCUGCCACAAAGUGAUCCACAUCCACAACUAGCCCCGGCCCACAGCCACUGCUGCCACAAAGUGAUCCACAUCCACAACUAGCCCCGGCCCACAGCCACUGCUGCCACAAAGUGAUUUACAUCCACAUCCACAACUCCUCAUGAAAAUAGAAAUAUCUGAAAUGACUACUGGAAGACCAGCUUAACAUUGCCUAGUGUCAGAGUGUAACAAGCUAAGGCCACUUCUAGCAGACUCUUUACACUGAUUGUAAUAUAUGUUUUCUUUCAUUCUGUGAAUCUUCAUGUUAGACAGAAAGUAGGAUUCUAUUUGUAUUGACGUUGGUAUUGAUUGGUUGUUGGGUUUUUUAAAGGGACAGUCCACAGUUGAAACAAAAAAAAAGCUGAACCCUGCCUGUUUUUGUAAAAAGCUGUGGGAUGGGUCUGGAGAAGUGUAACCACUCUAAGACAGAGCUAUGCAUGCACUGACUGACCAUCCAAAAGUAUAUCUUUAUCAAUGUUUUGGGCUAUACAGUGCUAUGUUUACAUUUACAAACAUUGGAGCAAAACAAGCUGAUAUUUCGGGUUCUGAUGGGGUACAACAGUUGAACUAAACUCAUAAGGCAGAAUAAGUUAUAUUCUUCAAGAUCCAAAAAAUGGAUGCAUUAACUGCUGAUUGCCCCUUUAAUUGAUUAACAAUAAUUGUUUUAAUAAAGUCAAUAAUGACUUUGACUUUUGA